GAAGCGGAAGCGGCGCUGCGCGGGACGGGGCCGGCGCCGGGGGGACCCGGGGAGCACCGAGGGGCACGGGGGGGACCCGGAGAGACGCUUGAGGGAUACUGGGGGCACUGAGGGGAUACCGGGAGGUUACCGGAGGGCACCGAGUGGUACCGGGGGAGUACAGAGGGCACCGUAGGGGUACCGGGAGGCACCGGGGAGAUACGUGGGGGAUACCGGAGGGCACCGGGUGACCACAGGGGGCACCGGAGAGAUACUGGGAGGGUACAAGGGGCACCGGAGAGGUACUUGGGGGAUACUGGGAGGCACUGAGGGGAUACCGGGAGGUUACCAGAGGGCACCGAGUGGUACCGGGGGAGUACAGGGGGUACCGGGAGGCACCGGGGAGAUACCUGGGGGAUACCAGAGGGCACAGGGGGACAGCGGGGAGGUACCUGGGGGGCACCAGAGGGGUACCGGGGGCGGCUGGGCCUGUGAGGUGACAGCAGGAGGCAGCCCGGCAGUGGGUGACCAGCUUUGGCCUCUCCAGGCCUGGUCCCAUCCCGGUCCCGUCCCACCGCCAGGCCCGGUGCCACCACCCGGUCCCGUCCCCGUCCCGGCGCCAUGCCCAGCCCUCGCAGCAGCCGCGAGCGACGCGCCGGCCGCCUGGAGUUCGUGUCCCUGCUGAGCCAGCGCAGCCCCGCAGCCCCGGACAGCCCGUCCCGCCGCCGCGAGUCCGGGGGCUCCGCGUCCCCGCCGCUGCCUGAGGAGGACUGCAUGAGGCUGAACCCGUCCUUCGUGGGCAUCGCCCUCAGCUCCCUGCUCGCCGUCGACCUCUGGGCCUCCAAGCGCCUGGGAGUCUGCGCCGGGGAGGCCUCGGCCUGGGGCAGCGCCCGCCCGCUGCUGAAGGUGGUUGAGGUGUCGGGGCACGGCAUCCCCUGGCUGCUGGGCACCUUCUACGGGCUCUGCCAGAGCGACAGCUCGGCCGCCAGGGAGGUGCUGCUCAACCUGCUCUUUGCCUUGCUGCUGGAUCUCGUGCUGGUGGCCGUGGUGAAAGGGAUCGUCCGGCGGCCGCGGCCCACGCACAACAAGAUGGACAUGUUCGUCACCGUCUCGGUGGACAAGUACUCCUUCCCGUCGGGCCACGCCACCAGAGCCGCCCUGGUGUGCCGCUUCGUGCUGCACCACCUGGUGCUCGCCGUCCCGCUGCGGGUCCUCGUGGUGCUCUGGGCCCUCAUCGUCGGCGUCUCGAGGGUGAUGCUGGGCAGGCACAACGUGACGGACGUGCUCUUCGGCUUGCUCCUGGGCUACGCGCUGUACAGCGUGGUGGAGUACUGCUGGCUCUCCCCGCUCAACGCGCCUGCCCUCUUUGCUCUCUGGACCCACUGACCGCUGCGGCCCUCCCGGAGGAGGAGGAAGCUUACACCCCGUUCCCUACGCGCACACAGAGAGGGGCACCGGGACUUGAACUCAUAUUUGUCCAGCCAAAAUUUCACACGAGCAGCGCCGCAGGCUCCCGGGCCUGCAGUUAGACACUCGGUGCUGUCUCGCCCUCCUGUCGGGCUGCCAGGCACCGACCGCUCUCCAGGGACAAAGCAGAGCCUGGGGAGGGGUCAGCGCACCCGCCUGGCGGCUCGCUGCUGAUACUGUGAAUCAGCGUGCCCUCGCCGGGCACCUGCUGCGUUAGCUCAAUGGUGGAUGUAAUAGCUGGGGCUUUGCAGAGGUUUCUCUGCAAUUGCCCGUGUUAUCUGUGCGCUGUAAAUACACUGAUUGCGUCGCUGCUGCGAGCACGCCCUGUGCUCCACGGUACCUGAGCGGAGAGGACACGCUGAGGCCUGUCCUCAGGUUUAUAAAGAGCU